CAGUAAUAAUACAAGGAAAUCGCUCUUGUCUGUUUUUAUGCCUGACUGCUCUUCCAGAGGUUGAAAUUAUUGUUCAGCGUGCCGAAUUAUACAUUUCCGAUCACCAAGAGGAAAAAAAAGUGAGAAUGUGAUUCCAGACAGACUGGACCGUGGGUUUCCCGGCUUCAUAUAUGUUGUUUUGAACUGGAACUACAAAUGCUACAUUAGGUUACCUGAACCUGAAAACAAUAUGCCAGUAUGCCAAAUCAUAAAAAAUCGAAUUUCUUGCAAAUUGGAGCCACAGUAGUCUAAAUAACGGGGCUUUCCACAGAAAUGAAACACGGUAACUCAGUUGUGUCGUCUUGUCAAUAGCGUGUCCUCCAAGGAUGAUAACACCUAGCUUGAUGUCUCAUUUAAAAUGUGUGUUUUGGACUUUCUCGGAAAAUAUCCGUACGUCUUACUGAAAAAGCGAGCACAUUUUAAGCGCAAGCAUGGGUCAAUAGUAAACACCCCGUACGCAGAAGAAGGUUGUUAAUGUCGUCUGUGCUUUGCAUAAGGAGGUGAACAGUUUUGUUUAUUGAGACAUGGCAGCGGCGAUUGCCAGCGGUUUGAUCCGGCAAAAAAGACAGGCUCGGGAGCAACAUAUAGACCGGCCCUCUACGCAUAGGAGGAGAAAAAGCCCCAGCAAGAACAAGGGUCUCUGCAAUGGGAACCUGGUCGAUAUUUUCUCAAAAGUGAGAAUCUUCGGGCUCAGGAAGAGAAGACUACGGAGACAAGAUCCCCAGCUCAAGGGUAUAGUGACCAGGUUAUAUUGCAGGCAGGGAUACUACUUGCAGAUGAACCCAGAUGGAUCUCUGGAUGGGACUAAGGAUGACAGCACUAAUUCUUCUUUGUUCAACCUCAUCCCUGUGGGCCUGCGAGUCGUCGCUAUUCAGUCCGUGAAGACAGGCUUAUACAUUGCCAUGAAUGGAGAAGGCCACCUAUACACAUCGGAACUCUUUACGGCAGAAUGCAAGUUCAAAGAGUCGGUGUUUGAAAACUACUACGUGAUCUACUCGUCCAUGCUGUACAGACAGCAGGAGUCGGGUAGAGCUUGGUUCCUAGGUCUUAAUAAGGAGGGCCAGCCCAUGAAGGGGAAUCGCGUGAAGAAAACGAAACCAGCUGCUCAUUUCCUGCCCAAGCCAUUAGAAGUUGCCAUGUACAGAGAGCCGUCGUUGCAUGAUAUUGGGGAAACCGUUCCGAAGGCCGGAAUACCUCCCAGUAAAAGCACAAGCGAGCCAGUGGUGAUGAAUGGGGGGAAGCCGGUCAGCAAGCCCGCUAAGACCACAUAGCCAGACCCCCCCUCCUGGAGCCCUGCUGACACCACUGAGGAGCUCGCUCCCGGCCCAGACUCAGACUGUCUCUCUCUCUCUCUGUCUCUCGUCCGUGGAUCAGGCUCGGGCAACUCGUCCCUCCUCGCCCUCUUUUUCAGCUGUCUCGUUGCUAGUGGAUCUCAGCAACAAAACCCAACGAGGAGGAGGAGACAAGUGGAUAACCAGCUAGACUCUGACCAUGGAAUGCCCUACCAGAUAUGGAAUGCCUUUUUAAUAUCUUCUGUAACUGUGACAAUCCAUGAGAAUGAUGUAUUUCACAGCCACACGCGGUACCUUGCCUGUUGAUGGUUACCCAUAACUCCCUGUUUUCAGCCCUAGUACAGCAGAGUCCAUAUAAUUCAGAUCUCUUUUCUAUAAAGCAGUGCACCAGCUAUGUUCUGGGUAGAUGCUGUUCAUAUACACUAAAAUGGACUGUCAUCUUGUAUUUUUUACAAGUAUUUCUCCUCCUUCUCCUCUUUCUAUCUCUUUUUUCUCAAUUUCUCUCUCUUUCUCUUUGUCAUAUACUUUAGAAAUCUUUUGCAGGGGCUGUGUAUGAUUUUGUAAUCCUAACACACAUACACACACAUACUCAACCGCACAAACCAACAUCGAUACAGCAGUGGAAGUAAGAAGCUAGAGGUGGCUUGGUUCCAGGGAAGCAUUCAGGAAGA